AGAACUCAAUGCGUCACGUUCGGCGUUCCAGUUUAACUCGCGCCUUCUCGGAGCGUGUUUCGCUUCUUCGCUGACAGCUUUUUUAAAAAAUCGCGGACAAUGUGCAAUCAUAAAGCAUUAACUGAAUCAUCUUAAUCGAGAAAUUUCAUCUCAUUGGUCGUUGAAAAUCAGAUAUAUUAAAAAAUAAAUAAUAAAUAUUUCUCAUUUUUCUUUUUCUGUUUUUUUUUCUUUUCUUUUUUUGAUUUUUGUUUUUUUUUUUUUAUGAAAGUGAAUUGAGUUUGACAGUGUCAAGUAUUAGUAAAUUCCAAAAAAACAACGUAAAUUUUUCAAUAAUUUACAAUUAGUGAUUGUUUUGGACAAAUAAACGUAACGUAACGUGAUUAAGGUAGAUCUAGUAUUUCUUCAAGCUGGGCGACAGUAGGGGAAAACAUCGCAGGGUCAGAAUGGCCGACGAAAAUCAACGAGCAACUCAAGUUCCCAAGGAGAAUAAAAUCUCAAAACAUGUUACCAUUUUUUUUAAAGUGAUCGAAAUUAUUUUAGCCAUCUUCGCGAUUGGUCUUUUGGUUGAUCCUUUAAAUUCGUUUCAACGAGUCUUUAACAAGUCACGAUUUAAAUUAGACGAUGCAGCAUUCAUUUAUGUAACAGUCGCUGGUUAUAUUAUGAUAAAUUCGCUUUUUAUCAUAUGCCAUUUGCUGGGCGAUCGAUUACCAAAAAGAACGAUGAUAUUAUUUGCUUCAUUGGGUGCGAUUCUACAUAUAAUAGCGGGUAGCCUAAUCGUUCACAACUGGCGUACUAUUCAAAGGCCCUACUACCACAUGCAAAAUAACGAAUUAUAUCCGAGCAAACAAUACAUGGACAUGUUAAUAUCUUCUUCAGUUUUUGUCUUUAUAAACGCUUUGACUUUCGUUGUGGAAAUUUGUUUGAUUCUAAAAUAUUCAACGAGAACAUGAGAAUCUACAAAAAUGGAUGAUCAGCUCGAACGAAAGUAUUAUUCUUGAGGCAUAAUAAAUCAAUAAUAUUUAUCAAUAAAUAAUAAAUAUUCAUCGAUAAUUUAAAAGAAAGAUUUUGUGAUCAAAUGGUUAUCUGAAAGGUAAGAAUUACCACCGAUUGUGUUCGUAAAAAAAAUAUUAUCGAAAUCAGAUCCAUUUCUAUGUUCAGAUCCAUAUGUAAUUUCUAAUCGAUUGUGUCUUAUCAAUCAAUUAAAUUAACUUUAAUUUUUAUAAUAUUAUUACAUUUGUCGUCUGCACCCAAUGUUUGGAAAUAUAAAUGUAAUUUAGAGUUCUCAGAUUUUAAAUGAUUUUUCGAAAGAAAAAUAUUAUAAAUAUUUACGUAUAUAUAAUGCUGAAAUCCAAAGUUUAUACAAUAUAUCUUGUAAGAAAUCUUAAUGUUAUGUAAUUAAUUAAUAUGCAUAGAUACGUAUACAAUUAUAAGCAAUGAAUCCGUCCAUAUAUAUUAAUGAUAACAAUGAUAAUUCGUAAAAUAGUAUAGUAUUUACAAAUGAAUAUUUUAUACGUAUUAUCAAAGAUUAUAUAAAACAUUUAUAUGUAGAACAUUAGAAAAGAAAUUGCUAUCGUUUAUAAUUCUUUAAUAUUCACUAUGUAACUAUUAUAUAUCAAAUUGUUUAACAUAGCAGCACCUUGAUCACUUGUACAAUUAAAUAAUAGGCAAUUUAUAUUAAUAUACUUUCAGUUUUCACUGCGUUAAGUAAUUAUUAUCAAUAAUAUGUAUGAUAUAGUUGAAACAAUAAAAUUACAUAAAAAGAAAGUUAUAUAUCGAUUAUAUUCAGUCAUCUUAUGUAUAGUACGUCCGUUUUAAAUGUAUACACGGGAUUAUUAAAAAUCGUAAUCAUUAAAAAUCUAAAAAAUGUUUCAGAUGAAUGUUAUCAAUGUCAACUUGUUCCUAUUGUCUCUUUGAAAUUAGCAUGAAAGCACAUAAACUCCGAGUAACUUUUCUGCUGUAUAGAUCGGGUAACGUUAAUGAAGAGGGUACAUCAAAUUUGAAGCCGGCACGUGUAAAAUACAUGUGUGGGUAGUGUUUUGA